CAAAGUGGCUUGCACCGAUUCACAUCGUGUUUUAAAUAAAUACAAUUUAAUUAAAUUCAUUACGAGUUGUGAAACUGUGUCAAUUGUGUGUGACUUUGACAUACACGCACGCGGUUCGCGCGUCUUUCACUCUAAGUGGAAAUUAAAUCAGUCGCAUUUCACAACGCGUUGCGAUUGCCAGCUUAUUUUUACCGUGGGUGUUGUGCGCGUAAAGUGCACUUUUAAAACAUCGCGAAAUGGAUUUCAUCACCGACGCGCAGUGCCAGCAAAUCGUAGAAGUGCACAAAAAAUCAAAAUAUGAGAAAAUCAAACAUUUUAAUGUUUCUAAAACUUUCGAAAUACCACAGACACCAAACGGCCAUCUUGGGGAGUAUUUUACGUUGGAAAUCACAUUACAAAAUGGAGAAGUACUGCGCUAUUUCGUCAAGAAAAUACUCACAACGCCAAAUCGUCCGGAUUUUAUCAAUUUAGUGAUGAGAAAAGAAAUUAAUUUCUACAAAUGGUUAAAUUCCACGGAAACCACUACAGCAGCUGUGGAAAUUUCAUUCUGCGUGCCAAAAUAUUAUUUAUCUACGGAUAAUUUCAUUGUGAUGGAGUUGUUAGAUCCAUUUCAACCACUCACGCGUGAAGAUUUUAAACAUGAGUAUUUUAAGAGCGCCGCUGCAGCUUUAGCUAAACUUCACGCGUUGGUGAUAUUCGUCGAGAGGCAAACUCCACCAGAAGAAGAAAUGGUAACUGAAGCUAUGCUCACAAAGACUGUUUACAUUGAAGCCAUCACCAAAGGAGUAAUGAAAUAUUUAGCACAUUCUAAUUACGACCAGGAUUUACCAUGGAAAUUUAAGGAAAAAGUGCAAAAAAUGAUUGAAUUAUUCACUGAAGAUAAACAAAAUCAAUUCAAAAUUGUCUGCCAUGGAGAUCUCUGGAUAAAUAACUUAUUAUUUAACAAAAAUCAGUGUAAAAUAAUUGAUUAUCAAUUAAUAAGAAGGGCGGAACCUGCGCAUGAUUUAUGCACGUUGCUAAUACACAACCUUGGGUUCAAUCAUUUCGCUGAAUUUUGUAAUUUAUAUUACGAUGAACUUGUGACGGAAUGUUUAAAAUUCAAUGUGGAUAUAAUUCGUGAGUUUUCAAGAAUUGAUUUUGAGGCCAGCAUCAAGCGGCAUGCAACAUCAGCAUUGAUUACGAAAAUAAUCUACGCGGCUUUUUCGUCUGCGAACAAAUUACGCAAAGCUCAGCGAUUAAACAUCGCGUUGGAUCACUUAAUGGCCCAAAACGAUUACGACUUCCUGCUGGCAAUUACAACAAUGGAUCAAGAAGAGAAAUUAAUUUUUGAUGGAUUAUUCCAUGAUUUCGUUCAAUUUGAAAGCAAUCAGUGGGUUACCACAGAUGUGGUGCAUCGAUUUAUGCAUCAAUGUUUUCCCGGUGCAGUAUUGUGUGAUUUUAAGUUUAAAGAUGGCGUACUUUGCGUAAAAUUGACUUUUGAUGGAGUUUUUAAAGAGGUUAAGUUUACGGUUAGGCAACCAAAUGUACUUUAUGAAUUUUUUCCUAUUGCUGCGUGUGGAGAUCUACAAAAGUGUUAUUUUUAUCUAAAAAAUGAUUUAAUGAUCAUGGAAUGUUUAGAGGACACUCAUAAACGACUAAAUCUUCGUGAACCUUUUGGUUUAACAGAUGUUAAAGUAAUAUUGAAAGCUUUAGCAAAUUUUCAUGCGUUAAGUUAUUUACACCAAAAUAAAAGUGAAAAUGUUCCCAGGAAAACAUCGAUCCCACUGCACUUGAGAGUUUGUUUAAGUUGCUUGGACGCAAAGUUAAUUGGAAAUUAGUAAGCCAUAAGUUGAACGUACCAAAACACUUUGGUUGUGUUCAACAUGCGUGUUUUAAUCACGAAUUUAUUUAUUUUCCCAAUGAAAAGUUUGACACAGAACAAUCGAUAUUUAACGAAACACCUUGUAAAAUAAUACUGGGUGAUGAAGUUGUGUGUGGAUCAGCGUGUGAAGAAGUAUUGUCCUUUUUAUUCUCUUCAACUCUUUCGUCUUUCUGGAGGUUUUAUACCGAAGAUAUGUUAAUUUAUUAUUACGAAUGUUUGAGCUUGGUUCUGCAGAACAAUCAAUUACAGAUGCCUUUUGAGUUGAAUACAUUUUUACAUUCGCGAUUUGUAUUUAAUGGACGCGCGGUUGUUAAUGCUUUAUUGUAUCAUCAACGAGCAUUGAUUGAAGAGAAACAACGUGUAUUUAACCAGGGAAAAUCGGCAGUUAUCAGUGAAUAUGAAUUGAAACAGAAUUAUCUGCUUGAUCCUGUGUUUAAGGAGCGUAUAGAUGCGAUGGUGAAUGAGUUUUGUAAGGUUUUUCACGAUUGUAUCACGUAGAAUUAAAUAAAAAGCAUGUAAUCAACGAUGUUUAUCAAAUAAAGUUCAUUUUAAUCUAAAUAAA